CUCUAAGGUAGGAUCCGUAUUUUAGGUUAUUACAUUUACAUUAACGUUAACAAAGAGCGUUUCCAUGCUAAGCGUUGAAACACGUUCACCUGAUUACUUAUUUCUGCUCAUGGGUCUUAGUCUUCGUACAACUUGUAAUUGAGCUGCAUAAAAGUUUUACUAAAACGGAAACGAAAAAAUUUUGAAAUAGGCAGGUAAUGGCGAAAUCUGUUGCGCGAAAGGGAGCGUAUCCAUGCUAAGUGUGGAGCAGUUCGGCGAAUGACCUGUAGGUGACGAUUCAACGAUUCUGGUUACUAUCUGCUAGUAGGCUUCAAUUAAAAUCCCAAGAAUUCACUCAUUCAUCCAACUCUACUACUGUUGAUUGUCAGUGAUAGCUAUCGACAGCUGUCGAUAACCGGCGUUAUCAUGGGACCACGACAACGUCAACGGCAAUUAUUUUACUUGAAGAAAGAUCAGAAAAAAAACAAUGGCAGAAAAUAUUCGAAACCAGAGGAUUCUUCGGAUAUUGGACUUGUUUAUCCUGGAGGUGAUACGGCAUUUAAACUAUUAUUAUCGGCAAGAUUUUGUUCUGCCAUAUGGAGCCACAUAACUGACUGUGACGAAACGUAUAAUUAUUGGGAGCCGAGUCAUUAUUUGCUUUAUGGUACUGGCCAACAAACGUGGGAAUACAGUCCUGAGUUUGCCCUGAGAUCAUAUACAUAUUUAUUAAUUCACAUGGUCCCUGCAAAAUUGUAUUACUAUCUAUUGGAGCCUAAUCCAGUUUUAGUUUUCUAUUUUGUCAGGUGCCUCCUAUCUGUUGGUUGUGCUUUAUCGGAAGUAUAUUUCUACAAGAAUGUAUGUCGGGAAUUCGGAAUUCAUAUAGCAAGAAUGACAUUAGUAUUUCUGAUUGUCAGCUCAGGCAUGUUUAUUUCAAGUGCAGCAUUUCUACCAUCUUCAUUUUCAAUGUAUUUAAGUACUGUAGCUGUAGGAGCAUGGUACGAUCGGAAAUAUGAAUUUGCUAUCUUUGCUACUGCUAUUUCUUCGUUACUAGGAUGGCCUUUUGCAGCAUUACUUGGAUUACCUAUUGCUGCAGAAAUGUUAAUUCGCCGACAAGAGUGGAAAAAAUUCAUUAAAUGGACAGUAUUAUCUGCCAUUGUGAUUUUGGUUCCAAUGAUAUGGAUUGAUUCCAUGUACUUUGGUAAAUUAGUAGUGGCACCUCUUAAUAUAAUUCUUUACAAUGUCUUCACCAGCCAUGGUCCCAAUAUCUAUGGAACCGAACCUUUCAGCUUUUACUUUGUCAAUGGAUUCUUGAAUUUCAAUUUUGUCUUCAUCGGCUCGUUGCUGGCUCCAUUUGGAUUGCUUUUAACUUGGUCUGUUGUUCCGGCAAGACCUAGAAACCCUUUAUGUUUACCUUAUUGGUAUUCGCUGGCACCACUUUAUCUCUGGAUGCUUGUUUUCUCUUUUCAAUCACACAAGGAAGAGCGGUUUUUAUUUCCAAUUUAUCCCAUGAUCUGCCUAGCUGGAGCAGUAACAGUGGAUGUUGCUCAAAAACUAUAUUUUUUUGUUCGAACUCAACUGAGUUCAGUUCCUAUAACAUGUCAUUAUCUGCAAUACACUACACAUAUUAUGGUUAUGGCAUUUUUAUUAUGCGGUUUUCUUGGAUUAUCACGAUCUCUUGCAUUAUAUAAAGGUUAUUAUGCACCAAUGGAAAUUAUGUUGGAAGCUAAUAAGCUUGGAUCGGAAGGAAAAGUUCCAACUGAUGUAAAUGUCAAUUUUUGUGUUGGGAAAGAAUGGUAUCGUUUUCCUAAUAGUUUCUUCUUUCCAUCAAAUAACUGGAGGCUUCAAUUCUUGCAAUCCGAAUUUAAAGGACAACUUCCACAACCUUUCCCGGAUCAAGAAAAUGCCACGAGUAUAAUUCAGUCAAACUUUAAUGACUUGAAUAGAGAAGAGCCAUCACGAUAUUUUGAUAUCGAGAGGUGUCACUUUGUGCUAGAUUUGGAUCUUGGCACGGAAACAGCUUUAGAACCAAAUUACUCUCACCAACCUGAUCACUUUACUAUUAUUAAAUCGUCCAAGUUUUUACAUGCCUCGGAGUCCCAUCCAUUAUACAGAGCCUUUUAUAUUCCUUUUUUGUCAGAUAAAUUCUGUUCAUAUGGCUCAUAUAAUUUAUUGCAAAGUACAAAAUUCAAGUUGCUCUCAUCGUCCUCAAAGACAAAAAGUGCAUCAGCGGCGUGAAUCUCAGGACACAUUCCAUGCUACGAUUAAAACAUUAAACAUUUGUCGAAUGUUUGGACAUUUAAAACUUAGGAUGCAAGAGCACCACGACCAUAGCUGUAAAUAGAUAUGUAAAUAUAAAAAUAUCAUCGAUUGACUUUUGGUGUUCAGCGCAAUCGCUACAAAUGCUAACUCUAGAUAAGAGUAUCUACUAAUGGCUUGAGCAGUCGUGAUGUAGUUAUGUAAAUGCAUUAGCAGUGCAUAUUAAAAAAAAAGUAAUAUUACUUAGAUACAUAAACGAUAACUGUUGAAGAGUUAACACGUAUUUGGAAGAGGACAUCCAUCUUUAUUUCCAACUUUUGUACACAUUUCCUUGCAGUUUGAACAUAGGCAAUCCUAUUUUUGUAACAAUCGUAAAAUUGUAUAAUGCAAUAGUACUGCACAACAAUGAUCGAACCAUAAUUUCUAGGAUUGUAAUAUUUCUGUAUAUACCACCAAACCCUUGUAUGCUUCAUCGCACUUGAGCACAUGAAAGGUUUCACUAAACCAUCUUAACGUAAUUUUCAUUCAUUAUGACAUAAAGUGGUGAACGUGCGAUGUGUAUCUAAAUGAGACGCGAGCAGAUGGAAGUAAACAUUCUAU